AUGUCGCAUUGGUCUUGCAUGGGCGUACGACCAACAGACACAAUGCUGAUAAAACAGAACAUCAGAGUUCCUCCCAUCAUUCCUUACGUUACGUCACUUCCUGGGGGACGUGACGUCAUCAUUGACUACCUAACAGACGACCAGCUCGAGGAAACGUUCCAAAUGAUCCAAGAGGCGGCCAAAGAGGGCGAGGGUUUUGGAAUAAACGAAUUUCCCAACAUAAAAGAGUUUCAAAAGGAAAUUGAAGGAGGGCACAAUUUUGGGAUCACCGACAAAAAGUCAAAAGAGCUCAUAGCAGCAUUUGUGAUCACUGUGAGCAAGUUCUACCGAGGAUCGAAAGUUGCGGAUCCCUUUAUUAUAGUGAGGAAGUCAGAACGUCGGAAAGGAGUCGGAGAAUUUUGUCUUCGUAGUGCCUUAAACCAUGCCAUGGACUUGAACUUCAUUGGCAUGUACGUAGACUGUUUCAGCAACAACAAGGGAAUGAUCAAAAUUGUGGAGAACGUAGGUGGUUUCUCUCGAUGCGGAUUUUUGCCCAUGGCUGGUCAGAUGAACGACAAAACCUUCAUUGGGUCCAUCAUUUUUUACCGAGACCUGCACGAGGAGGAAUGACAAUUAGUCAAACGGGGGAAGAAGAAAUACCAACAGACCUUCUCCAUCGGUGAUGAACAUUUGGAAUGCACGGUUACGUGCUGCACUAUAAUCUAAGCAGAAAUUUUAGGGAAGUUCGGAGUGCGCGGGCUCGCACAGGAGCUUCAACUUUGUGUUGGGACGAUAUAUAAUUCGAAAUUGGAAUGAAAAUUGGUGUUUUGGAGACCGCUGAUGGAAGUGGUUAGGUGAUAUUUUAGAAUAUGUAUAAGAUUUUGCCGGUCAGAAUCAAAACAUUUCGCGGAAGUAAGAGUAGCCUAUAUUGCGGGGCAAAUUAAGGGAUCCGUUGCCUGAACCCUGAAGGUGUUCGGAAUGUAAAAAGGGGCAUUAUGGUGAGCUAUAUAUUAGCAAUUAUUCGUAUAUAUCUUUGUUUAUAUUUGAAAUUUAGGACCCUUUCUUGUCAAUGUAUAGACCGAUCGAUCUUAGCCCUAGGACGUCCUAGAAUCAAUGUUAGAAGAUAAGAACCUAGGACAUCCUAGCGCUAAGAUCGUUUCGAGAAUACCUGGCCAUAUAGGACAGAAUCUUGACAGUAUAGGUCUAUGUUACUCCCUCGGUGGGAAAUUACAAUCAUAAGAUAAGUUGUUGCAGCAUUAUUACGAAAUAUAUAUUAUAGAUAUUAUGUACAUUAUGUUAUCAAAAUAAAAGCUAUAUCAUUCGUU